CUGAACUGAAACUACAUUAAGCAAAGAACAUACAAUGCAUGCACAUUGAACCCUCACUACGGGAUUAACAUACUUAUAAGCUUAGUACGAUUGUGCCGAUGUUUCCGCUAACCCCCCCAGAUUACACAAUGUUUCCCUAAAGCACCAGCAGCUAUGCACAGAUACCACAGAACGGACCUUCAGGAAGCUCUCGAGGUCCUUGAACAACCCAAACCCAAUCAACUGCCUCCUACCCCCCAGGCUGUCAAAAUGGAGGAAUCAUUUCCUCUUCCAUUGCGCCCCUUCAUCCAGAAGUCAGCGAGAGAACCGGACUCGUUACCCAUUCGAAUCGCCCAGAUUAAUAGUCAGCGCGGCUCCUUUCGCAAUGUCACUGAACAGAGCCUCCAAGCGGAGAUAGAUGCGCAGCGGGCUAGAGCGGCUGCAGGCCUGGAAGCUGAGGAAACUGAAGAAACUGAAUCACAGGAGGUCAAGUCAACAGACAGGUUGGAGCAGUUGUUUAAAAGCAGGGCCGAAAUUGUAGACUUUGUAGCGCAAGCCCAUGCUGAAGCCAACUACGCCCUUGACCUCGUGUCCCUGCUUAUUUCCAAAUAUACACCGCGCCAGGCUGAGAUUUCCAUGUCUCCUUAUCUCAAGCAAAAGGCACCACUAGGUUCAUUGGGCAUCGAUAUCAUCAAAACGCCAGAGAAGACAGAAUCUGCUCAAAAGGAAAUCGUCGAUUUGUCGCGGGGUUGGAAGUUGGAAACCUUUGAUUUUGCAGCCAAUAAGCUGCUACAGGCUGCCUCCCGGCUGGAGCAGGAGGUUGCCGCGGAGACAAAGUACUGGGCGGACGUCCUAAGUAUCAAGGAGAAAGGGUGGAAGAUUUGUAGAAUUCCGCGGGAAAGACAGACGUUAGGCGUACAAUGUGGCUUCUUGGAAGCUACGCCUACUCUCCGUGAUCGUGGUCUUGCUGCCCUGAGACGAGGGGAUGGAGGUGAUCUAAUCCUGGACCGCGGGCUACAGCCGUCCCAACCUCGUUCUCUACGGGUUCGUGUACAGCAACACGACCAAAUAGUCGGAUGCUCAAAGCUGAUUUCCCUGGAGUUGGCGCCUGGUGACGACACAAUCGAACACCGCAUUCGUUUGGCUAGAGAUGUCCUGUAUGAAGAAGAGCUGUUCCAUGAACUUAAUCGUGAAGCGCGCACUCUACUACAACAUGGAAUCCAGAGCAAGGAAAAUUUGAUCCAGUUCCAGGCCAGCGAUAAUCAGCAAAUUCUUAUCGACAUGGUCGGUUUAGAUGCAUACAAUAUUUCGGAUCUAAACCAGCAGGAACAUGCAGAAGACGCUCUAGCAGAGGCUGUGGCGCAAUCUUUACGACUAUUACUCUCCCAUGCCCAUCGAAAGAAGUACCGACGCAGGGCCCGAAUUCCGCCACCAGUCACAUUGAAACGCCGGCCAAAUCCAGAAUACUCCCUCAUACGACCAAUUGUCAGUUAUCUGCAACACAAAUCAGCGCUGCAAUGGUUAAGAUCUUUUCUUAGCACCAUAACACGUACAUUACAACUAGCCGGCUUAAAAUGUAAACAUGAUGUCUCCCCGCUAAUAUUCGUGAGACUCCCACCCAUGAACAAAACCAUUCCCUCUCCCUCGGAGCCGGACACUUUGCCCUUCGUCGAAAGACUUGUAGACACUUUCCUCACACCACUUGAGUCCAUCGUAACCGGCACCUUCCUCUCUCCAACCUCCAACUUCAAGAUCCGCAUCGUAACCAAUAUAAGCCCCAAUGGGUACGGGACGGAAUUCGAAAUAGCAACGAACAUGACUUCCGGCUCGCGCACUAAAUCCAGCUCGUCCCGCUUUGGCCUCCGCGAUGAUCUCCAACAGCUCCUCCUCCACCGCUUCACGAUCGAUUUGGUAUACCUUAUUCCAACACUAGCGUGGGAUACGGGUACGGAAUCGUCUCCACCGCCCAUCUCCUCGCAGCAGAAGCAAGAACAAGGGCAAGCGCAGGUACAAACAGAACAGACUCAUUUCAACACCCCUGUCCAACCCCGUGCCUCACACCCAACGCCAUGGACACCCACAUCCCCUGAGAACGGGGAACUGGUUGCCUCCUCCCCCACGCAGCGCCGUAGUAAGAAGCUCAAUAUUGACCUGCGGCCAGAGAGGUUGACUAUUCAAUGUCAAUGGUUAGGCGCUGGACUAGAUGCUAAUCUAGGAGAGGCCUUGGAGUCAAUGGCUCGUGGAGGGAAUGUAAUAUAUUCAUGGAGUGAUGAUGGUGGGGGUGAAGAGAAGACAUUGCAGAGUGUUAUGGGCCUUCUGAGUCAGUCGGAGACUAGGCCUGAAUUGUAGUUGAUGCGGGCGGAUUGGGAACGGGUGAUUUGCAGCUUCUCAUCUCUUUCUGUAUGAUUGGGUCACUGGGUCUUGUGUAACUUUAUCAACCCUGAUGGUCUGGGGGAUAGGAGAGCUUUCUUAAUAUAAGGAAAGCCAUAUAUGACUUAGUAACUACAUAUUUACAUUCAAUACUAUCCCAUGCAAUAGUAUUUUCUGCACAACUUCGUAGCAUGGUUACCCAAUAUAUCAGGUUCUAGUUGAACAUGGUUAGAGAAAAGCUGAGUAUGGUUAGAAAGGGAAAUGAUAUUAAAGAUAAGAAUUAUAGAGUAGUUACUCUCUAGAAUAAAUCAACUGAAAACACUUUCAUUUUUUAAAUAUAGUC